AUGCCCUCCGUUGGCCUUCGUGCCGCAGGCACCUGGCCCCUUGUUCCAGCUUCGCGAGCUGCCGGACAGGCUGCUGGGAACUCGGGAAGCAGCUUCGAUGUUAAACUGACGUGGACACGACAGCUCCUUAUUCGAAAGGAAGGAGUCACCAGGACUGAGUCCCAGGGCAUGGGCAUCACUGGUGGGUCUGCUCGCGGGAAGGCCUGGGAGGGGUCUGAGCAGCUUCUGGACCCUGCCAGUGACAAGAGGGCAGCAGGCAAGCGAGGCUCGGUCCGGGGUGGAGAAUUCGCCGCCGUGUCUCCCGCGUGUGGACGGGAGCAGCCCGAGUACCAGGCGGCCUGGAGCCUGGGGACUCCGUUAAUCCGGCCCGGGGGCGACGCACCUGCCCCAGUGCCCGCUGCUCUCCGCCCUCCGUCACACCGGAAACGGCGCGCCCGCGGGGCUCCAUGGAUCGGUGCUGGCGGGACAGGCCUUCCCUUCCCGGCUCCACUUUUCAGAACGCUGACACAGCGGUUCCAAACAGGGAAGGGCCGGGGCUCUGCUGUGACCCGCGUCGUGGAGGAGACCAGGCGCGCAGUGGACGAGGCCGUCUCCCGCACCCUGGAAAGAGACCUCGGCGAACGAGAGAGCCUCUCUCCGUCUCAGUCGCUGUCGUUCCCCAAGCUCCCCGAGCCCGCCAGCCGCUCCGUCUCCCGAGCGGCCGAGAUCAUGGAAGCGUCUGUGCAGGCCGUGAAGAAGAGAGUCUACGGGAAGGCCAGGCGAUCUCCCACCGAUGUCCUGCCAGAGGACGUGCUGACCACGAUCGCGAACCUGUCCGGGUGCCUGCCUCGCAUGCUGCCCCCCAGGUGUCCCCGCAGCUGCCUGGCUGACAAGUACAGGCUCAUCACAGGCGCCUGCAACAACAGAGACCAUCCCAGGUGGGGAGCCGCCAACACAGCCCUGGCCAGGUGGCUGCCCCCCGCCUACGAGGACGGCGUCAGUGAGGCCAGGGGGUGGCGCCCUCACGUCCUGUACAACGGCUUCCCACUGCCCCCGGUCCGAGAGGUGACAAGACAAGUUAUUGAAGUUUCCAACGAGGCCAUCACGGAAGAUGACCAAUAUUCUGAUCUCCUGACGGUGUGGGGGCAAUAUAUCGGUCACGACAUCGCGUUCACCCCUCAGAGCACCAGCAAAGCUGCAUUUGGGGGCGGGGCUGACUGCGGGCUGGCCUGCGAAAACCAGGACCCGUGCUUUCCCAUACAGCUGCCCACCAACGGCUCGGGGACCCCAGGCAGGGCCUGCCUGCCAUUUUACCGCUCCUCUGCUGCCUGUGGCACCGGGAUCCAAGGCGCCUUCUUUGGCAACUUGACCUCAGCAAACCCACGACAGCAGAUGAACGGGCUGACCUCUUUCCUGGACGCGUCCACGGUGUACGGCAGCUCCCCGGCCUCGGAGAAGCAGCUGCGCAACUGGACCAGCGCAGAAGGGCUGCUGCGGGUGAACGCGCGCCACCGGGACGCAGGCCGCGCCUACCUGCCCUUCGCUCGGCCGCCUGGGCCCACGGGCUGCGCGCCAGAGCCUGGAACCCGCGGGGCGGCCCAAGCGCCCUGCUUCCUGGCCGGGGAUGGCCGCGCCAGCGAGGUCCCCACCCUGACGGCAGUGCACACGCUGUGGCUGCGGGAGCACAACCGACUGGCCGCGCUUCGAAGGUGUUGGUUUCCCCCGUCAACACCGAUGACCACGGAGUAUUCGGGCAAACAUGCUGGCAGGUGGAAGCCUGUCUUCCCCGCGGUUUGUGGGCGCUCUGCCGGGGAGCCCGCAGGAGGCCGGGCGGAGGGAGGGAGGCGCACCUUCCUUGAGGAGCCUCCAGGGGCUGAAGAAGGCCUCCCGCAGCCGCAGCGGGGGGAGGGCGGGGUGCUCCUGGAAGUGGGCGUCCAGACGUCGCACCAGCGGAUGCACCGUGGCGUGGCCGAAGCGGAAGGCAGCCGUGGCAAACACGUUGGACACGGUGGGGUCCACGGUGGGGUCGUAGCCUUCGUAGGGGCCCAGGUACUGCUGGAAGGCCUCGGGGCCCAGGACUUUGGGGAGGUAGUCUCGCAUGGCUACACCGCGUGGAGGCGGUUCUGCAGCCUGCCCGCACUGGAGACCCGCGCCCACCUGCAGGCGGCCGCUGCCAACGCCAGCGUCGCGGGCCGGAUGAUGGGCCUGUACGGCCACCCAGACAACAUCGAUGUCUGGCUGGGCGGCUUGGCGGAGCCCUUCCUCCCGCAGGCACGCACCGGGCCGCUGUUCGCCUGCCUCAUCGGGAGACAGAUGAAGGCCCUGAGGGACGGAGACCGGUUCUGGUGGGAGAGCAGCGGGGUGUUCACGGAGGCCCAGCGGCGCCAGCUGGCCAGGCACUCCCUGUCCCGGGUCAUCUGUGACAACACGGGCCUCCCCCGGGUGCCCCCCGACGCCUUCCGGGUCGGAAGAUUCCCGCAGGACUUUGUGUCCUGUGAGAACAUUCCAGGCCUGAACCUGGAGGCAUGGAGAGAGGUCCUCCCUCAAGGUGACGCGUGUGGCCUCCAGGCCGGCAUGGACGGCGGGGACUGGGCGCUGUGCGGCGGGUCUGGGCAGCGAAUGCUGGUGUUUUCCUGCCACCACGGGUUUCAGCUGCACGGCCCCGAACAGGUGGCCUGUCCCGCCAAGGAUGGGCGUUUCCAGCCCCCCGUGUGCAGAGCCAGGGCGGCAGCCAGGGGAGCGGUGCAGGAGGCCCAUGGGCUCCACUCACGGCCCACGGCCAUGGCCGCUGCUGCCCCGAGCGGAACUCAGCCACAGGCCCGGGCCGUGUGCGGGCUGGUUGUCACCAGCUGCUGGCGGCCCACUGGCACAGAGCUGAAGUCACGCAGGAGUUUCAGCUCAGGAAGCGGCCAGCACCCCGGGGUGGGUGGUGGCCAGGCAGUGGCGCAGCCGCGAGGCCGGGCGGAGGGAGGGAGGCGCACCUUCCUUGAGGAGCCUCCAGGGCCUGAAGAAGGCCUCCCGCAGCCGCAGCGGGGGGAGGGCGGGGUGCUCCUGGAAGUGGGCGUCCAGACGUCGCACCAGCGGGUGCACCGUGGCGUGGCCGAAGCGGAAGGCAGCCGUGGCAAACACAUUGGACACGGUGGGGUCCACGGUGGGGUCGUAGCCUUCGUAGGGGCCCACGUACUGCUGGAAGGCCUCGGGGCCCAGGACUUUGGGGAGGCCGGGCAUGGCCCCAGCCCGGGCAUGGCCCCAGCCCGAGAGGAGCACGCGGUGCGGCUGAGACCUUCCCGCUCGGCAAACGCAGGGCGUCCUCAGCGGGCGGCGGAUCAGAGCGAAGCCGAGCGGACGCGCGCCGGACGUAAGUCCUCACUGCGCAGGGCGGAGGCCGGCGGCGGAGGAGCCGCCCCACCGGGAGGGGACACGUGCCCGGGAAGGGGCGCGCGGCAGAUGUUGCAGUAGAGUCACGCCUGGGGCAGCCGGCUUGGUCAGCGGAGCCUUGGACUCUUGAUCUUGGGUCAUGAGGUCCAGUCACACGUUGGGAAUAGA